CUCACAGACUCAGAGACGGGACAAGAGGUCUAGCAAAGACUUUUGCUGUAGUUGGCUUGGCCUGGGAUUAGCCAGGGAAUCUUGACUAGAGCAAAGAUGAAUUCUGAAGAUUGUUCCAUAACAGAGAACAGCUCCUUGCAUCCGGAGAGAGGACAACAAAGUACCACCGCCAGCCCUCAGUUUGCAACACAGCAUGAAGGGUCCCUUCAAGUUCCUAUCCCAUGUGCUGUAUUGAAUGUGGUCUUUAUCACUUGUUUAAUCAUUGCUCUCAUCGCUUUAUCAGUUGGCCAAUACAACUGUCCAGAACAAUAUUCACACCCACUGCCAUCAAAUAGCCCUGUUUCUUCAUGCUCAGAUGAUUGGUUUGCAUACCGGAGGAAAUGCUACUUUAUUUCCACUGUAACAAAGGACUGGAAGUCAGCACAAAACUUUUGCUCUGAACAUUGGGCUACUCUUGCCUUCGUUGAUUCUGAAGAGGACAUGAUCUUUUUAAAACGAUUUGUGGGUAGAGCCGAACAUUGGAUUGGGCUGAAAAAUGAAGAUGGCCGGACAUGGAAAUGGUCAGAUGGCAAAGUAUUCAAUAACAGGUUCAACCUUACAGGAUCUGAGAACUGUGCAUUUCUGAAUAGCACAGGGGUCAUCAGCACAGAAUGUGAAAAGAAUUUAUACUGGAUAUGUAGUAAGCCCUUCAAAUAAUGAGGAAACAUAUUUGCUUCUAGACUAUGGUGACUUGGAACUCGAGGAAAUUUGUGUUGAUGGAUGCUGCUUUAUGGUCAGAAAUUUUCCAUAAAAACUUUGUGGGAAAAAAAAACCUUUGUAUUAUUUUGGAAACCUUCUUCCAAAUGAGACUAUGGAAAAAAGGAAAAGAAAUUCCAGGUUAUCCAGCCAUGAGCUGAAAAAGGCACAGGUUGCCUGACCAUUCAUUACGCGCAAAAAUGAGAAUGACUUUAAGCCUUAUGGAUGCACUUUAUAUUUUAAAAUUCAGAAAUAGUAAAAUAACUAGGCUUAGAGUUAUUAUUUAUUGUUGAAUGACUACCGAAACUGAGUGUGCUCCUCAUAUUUGCACUAUUUGAAGAUGUUAACUGAUGGUAUUAAAAACCAAAUGUCAACAUAAGAAAUUUUAACCAGUAGUGCAGACAUUUAGUCUAAAUGCAUUUUUUGAGAAAAAAAUCAGAGAACAUUUCUAAGUGGACAAAUGCUUAUGAAACUAAGCUUCAUAAUAUUUUUCUCUUUAUAGAGAAGUUUGCCAAGUUACUUUGUCAUUUUCCUGCCAAAAGAGUGGGAUAAUCAUGUAUUUAUAUGGUUUGUUGGUUUUUGUUUUUGUUUUUGUUUUUUUAGUUCUACGUAACUCAUCUUUUCCAAUGGUACAUACUUCAUUGUCUUAAAAAUCUUACAUGUAGCAUUUUACAGAGACACAGACAAAAGCAAAGACUAUAACGGAUAUUUGUGAAGCAGAUGAAAGUGUUGGAAAAUGUGCAAUAUGUGAUGUGGUAAAUUUCUACCGGGAAAAAGUCUGUAUUCUUCAAACCUGGAAUAGUCAAGUCUUAUCUGACUAUAAAUUUGUACCUUUCCUAAUCAAUUCUCCCACGUGCAAUGCUUCAUAUGAAGUAUUUUCUGAGUGCAAUAGUGUUUCUUUGUCUUUUGUAUUCACUGCCAUUAUAAGCUGAUUUUGUGUAAGUUAAAAUAAAAGUAGAAUCCACAAAA